AUGCUCGAUACAACUCCAAUAAAUAUCAACAAAUGGCUUGAGGAAAAUAGUCAUCUACUAAAACCCCCAGUCAAUAACUAUUGCCUGCACCGUGGUGGUUUCACGAUAAUGAUCGUGGGUGGUCCAAAUGCCCGCACUGACUACCACAUCAACCCCACACCUGAAUGGUUCUUCCAAAAGAAGGGAUAUAUGACGUUGAGGAUAGUUGAUAAUUCUUUAGACGGAGAUGCUAAAUUUAAGGAUAUUAUAAUUAAUGAAGGUGAUUCGUUUCUUUUGCCUGCCAAUGUCCCACAUAAUCCAGUUAGAUAUGCCGACACUGUAGGGUUAGUGGUUGAACAGGAUCGUCCAGAAGGUCAUCAUGAUAAAUUGAGGUGGUACUGCUCAAACUGUAAGGACAUUGUGUGUCAGAUGGAAUUCCAGAUGGCUGAUCUAGGCACGCAGGUCAAAUCUGCUAUCGAUCUUUUUGAGAAAAGUAUAGAAAAAAGGACUUGUGAUAAGUGUGGUACUUUAAAUUACUCACGUCCUUCUUAG